UUUCUCUUUCUCUCAGUCUCAAACUCUCCAUAGCUCUCUGAACUCCGAAGGAAUUCAAUCAUGGCAGGGGGAUUUGUAGAGAGUGGGGAUGUAAGCAAACAAUACAAUGGGAGAGUAACACUAUUUGUAAUCCUUUCAUGUAUGGUGGCUGGCCUUGGUGGAGUUCUCUUUGGUUAUGAUAUCGGAAUUUCAGGUGGAGUAACAUCAAUGCCACCAUUUCUAAUGAAGUUCUUCCCAAAGGUGUAUAGAAGAAUGAUAGAAGAUAAAAACAUCAGCAACUACUGCAAAUUUGACAGUCAGCUCUUGACUGCAUUCACUUCAUCUCUAUACCUUGCUAGUCUCAUAGCUUGUUUCUUUGCAUCAUAUGUCACCAGAAUUUAUGGCCGUAAGCCCUCGAUUAUUGUCGGAGGAGCCGCUUUUGUCAUCGGAUCAGUUUUUGGUGGUGCUGCUGUCAACAUUGAAAUGCUUAUAAUAGGUCGUAUUUUGCUCGGAAUUGGUGUUGGAUUUGCAAACCAGUCAGUUCCGUUAUAUCUAUCGGAAAUGGCACCGGCUAAAUACCGAGGUGCAAUCAACAACGGGUUUCAAUUAAGUACCAACCUAGGAGUUUUAUCUGCUAAUCUUAUUAAUUAUGGAACUGAAAAGAUCAAAGGUAAUUAUGGUUGGCGACUUUCACUAGCCAUGGCUGCAUUUCCAGCUUUAAUUUUCACAAUUGGAUCCAUUUUCCUCCCCGAAACACCGAACAGUCUGAUUCAACGCGGGAGUGAUUUUAAGAAGGCAAAGAUAGUGUUGCAAAAAGUAAGAGGAACAGAUGAUGUUCAAGCCGAGCUUGAUGAUCUUAUUGAAGCUAGUUCUGUCUCCAAAACAACAAACCAGAGUCAAUUCAUAAUUUUUGAAAAGAGAUAUCGGCCUCAGCUCGUUAUGGCGGUUGCAAUCCCAUUCUUUCAACAGGUGACCGGAAUUAAUGUGAUUGCAUUUUACGCGCCACUUUUAUUCAUAACGAUUGGGUUUGGAACAAGUGCAGCGCUUCUAUCAUCAGUACUAAUCGGUGUCAUUGCAACAACCUUCACAAUUGUAUCAAUGUUUAUAGUGGAUAGAUUUGGACGAAGAGCGUUAUUCAUAGUCGGAGGCAUUCAAAUGUUCAUGUCUCAGAUAAUUGUCGGAAGCGUUAUGGCAAACAAACUCGGUGAUCAUACUGCGCUAAUGACCAAAUCAUACGCGUAUUUCGUCCUGGUUUUCAUAUGCGUUUACGUCUGCGGGUAUUCAUGGUCAUGGGGUCCUUUAGGUUGGUUAGUACCUAGUGAAAUAUUUCCAUUAGAGAUACGAUCAGCUGGACAGACAAUUGUUGUUUCAACUGGUAUGAUAUUCACUUUCAUUAUUGCUCAGACAUUUUUGACAAUGCUCUGUCAUCUGAAAGCUGGGAUAUUCUUCUUCUUUGGUGGUUGGGUAUUUAUAAUGACAGUGUUCGUGUAUUUCUUCUUGCCGGAAACUAAAGGCAUACCGAUUGAACAGAUGGUGAGGGUUUGGAGAGAACAUUGGUUUUGGAAGAGAUUUGUGGGGGAUGUGAAAAUUGAAGAUGGGGAGGAACUCAGAACUCCAUAAGAUUGUUAGUAUUGAUUUAGUAGUAUGGAUUUGUGAAGUGAGGUUUCAUAUGUAAGAAAAUUUUAGAUUUUUGUUUUUUUGAUUGAUUUAGAGUUUGAUUCAUGUAAAUUAUAUUUUGUUGAAAUCAUUAAAUUUUCAUUUUUGACUUUGUUUAACCAUAUUUUCAUUUUCUAAUCCCGUGGAGCAACCUAACAGUGCUCACGGUGAUUUAAUGUAUUUGGGUCGCUAAACCAACAA